AUGUCAGACCCAACAUUCAUAAUCCUAGGCGCGGGCGUGAUAGGCCUCACAACAGCACUCGAGCUCUCAGCCAGACACCCAUCAUCCAGUAUCCUCAUCUUAGCGACUCACCUUCCUGGCGAUAGACACAUUAACUAUACAUCGCCUUGGGCGGGAGCAAAUUGGCUCUCUGGAGCUACGGACAAUGGACGGAUGGAGACGUGGGAUGAGGUUACGUAUCGGAAGUUUGAAGAGUUGGCUGAUGGGGUGAAAGAGGCGGGUGUGCAGAGGAUGAAUAUUCAGGCUUUCUAUGAUAGUGAAAUUGAGAAGGCGGGGAUUCUCAGUCAAGGGACUGGGAAGGUUUGGUAUGAGGGGUUGACGGGGUUGAGAUGGCUGGAGAAGAAGGAGCUGAGAGAGGGUGCGGUAUUUGGAUAUGAGUGUGGUACUUUCGUGAUUAACGUGCAGGUUUAUCUACCAUGGCUACAAACCGAAUGCCUCAAAAAGGGUAUUCAGAUACACCGCAAAACAAUCCCCUCCAAGUCCUCAGUCAUCACAUCCUAUCCCAAUGCCCAAGCAAUAUUUAAUUGCACUGGCCUGGGUUCAUUUUCUCUUGGUGACGUCGAAGACAAGACCAUGUAUCCAACACGAGGUCAAAUCAUGCUCGUAGAAACACCCGAAGUGCCUUUAACAAGAAUGUACUUCCGCUCACCGCAACGUGUGAACAAAGACACGACGUAUGUGUUUCCACGAAAUCCUGGCGGAGGUGUCAUUCUAGGAGGGUGUAGGUUUGAUGGCGAGUGGGAUGGAGAAGUGGAUUUGGAGUUUGCGGAGGAUAUCAAGAGGAGGUGUUGUGAGCUUGCUCCGGAGUUGGGGAAGCCAGAGGACUUGAAGGUGUUGCAGCAUGGAGUUGGGUUGAGACCGGGCAGGAAAGGAGGUCCCAGGUUGGAGAAAGAAGUGAUUGCGGAUAAGAUGGUGAUUCAUAAUUAUGGUGCUGCAGGAGCAGGUUACCAAGCUUCAUGGGGCAUGGCCAAGGAAGCUGUAGACUUGCUAAAUAAGGACUCCAAAUUGUGA